AUGAUUUCAUUGCUUUUAGAUAAAAAGGAGCAUUUUAGAAAAGAAAUUCGUCGAUAAAAAAAUGAAACAAUUUUUAAAUAAAAACGUGCAUUAUAUUAGCAACCAAAUAAUCAAAUGAACACUUAAGUCAUAUUGAAUAAAAUUCAAAAGUUUGAAUAUUGUGAUGAAUUAUUUAAAGAAAUAUCAGACAUGGAUAAUCCUCCUAAAAUAAUUAAGGAUUUGGUUUAAUUUUUAAGCUAAACCCAAUCUUUGGAAACUAUAAAAGAAGGAUUAAGGUGCUUAAAUAAUUAAUUAUAUUAUUUUGAUGACUUCGAUAAUUCAGAAAAUGAUUGUUUUUUAUUACUCUAAAAAUACUUUUAAAAUGACGAUUAUAUUUUAAGAAAGAGAAUUUUAAUGUGUUUAGGAAACUUAUUAUAUGAUUGUCAUUAAUUCAUCAUUCCAGCUCAAAAUAUAUUUUUUAAAGAAUAAUUUUUAUUUGAAUAUACUGAGGAGUACUCCUUUGUUACAAAUAUUUUAACUUAAUUUGGAAAUUAUUCAGAUAUCAUAAAAUCAAUUUAAUUUUUAUCAGAAAUAAUAAUGAAUAACCCUAAUGAUACAGCUUUUGAAUCAAUCAAAUUCAUUUUUGAAAAUUGUACUCCUUUAGAUGCAGAUGAAUUAAUUGAUUAGAAUUUUAUUUUGCCUGCAUAAAGGUUAUUAACUCAUGCUAAAGAAAAUGAUAUGGCUUAUGAAGCCUUACUUGCCAUUUUAAAUAAAGCAAAUGAUUCUACAAAAAUUAGUUAUUAUUAAAGGGGACUUAAUUAACUUAUAACUUAUUUUCUUGAUCAUCCAACAAAAAAAGAAAAAGGAUUUUAAUUAAUGCUGUAUUUUGUUUCAAAAUUUGAUGAACAUGAAUAAAAUUUGAUUAUUGAUUCUUUAUUUUAAAUAUAUGAAGGAACAAAACUAUUCUAACUAUUGAUGGAAGAUUGUAAUCCCAUGAAACUUCUAAUAAUAUGUAAUUCAAUAGAAAAUGGAAGCAUGUCCAUUUUUAUAGACUUUUUAGCAUUAAAUGUUAUUGGAUAGAUAUUUAUUCCUUAUUUAAGUUCUUCACAAGACUAUUCCUCCAUCUAAAUAAUAAUUUCUGCUAUUGAUUCUUUAUUAUAAAGAGAUGAAAUAUCAGGGGAAUAAUUUUCUUUUGUAAUUAAGGCCUUUAAUACUGAAUAAUUUAAGACUGCUCUUGAAAGAAACUUAUAUAAUGUGGGAGAUAGAGAAGAGACAAAUUAAAAGAUAGAGAAUAUAUUGAAUAUAUUAAAUGAUUGUUAAUGA